UUUUUUUUUUUUUUUGUGUCCUUCCAACUUUGGAGUUUCCUGCUUUUUGUAACUUUUACUUAACUUUACCUCACAAAAAACCGACUUUGCCACCAGCUUUCCAAAAAAAAAAAAAGUUGAGUAUUAACCCAACAUGCCGAGGACCUUUCUGGUGAAAAAGGCCAAUGUUUCGCCUUGGAAGCGGAACUGGAGCGAACUCCCUGAUCAUGAGAGAGGCGACGUCUACAUCCCAGUCUCCUACCCUUCGUCCUUCCUCAUGAUGGGAGCCGAAGCCAGCCCUGCCGAGACGACUCCGCUCUGCCUCACCAAACAUUCUCUCCCGGACACGCAAACACACGCCGAGCUGCCGUCCAGCACGAUGCUGGGCCGACCACAGAGCCUGGCGCCGCCAACGGAGGAGAGGUCAGAUAUCAGAAGGAGGGCACAAACCGGAUCUACAUACGUCCGGUCCAAAAUGAAGGUAACAACAGGUGAUUUACCCCCCAGUCCUUCUCCCCUUCCUCUCUCUCUCCCUCCCAUUCCCACCCUGCCACCACUAACAUCACACGCCACUGAGAAGCCAGUUGCCUUGACGACAACCCCUGACCCAAGGGAAGCGGUCUCCAUGGUGACCAGAUCAUCAGGUCACAGUCAGAGUUUGUCCACGGGGUCGACGGGGGUUACAGGAGCGUAUGUGUGCCAGGUUUGCGAGAAGACCUUCUCGUACCAGCGAAUGUUGAACAGACAUCUCAAGUGUCACAACGACACCAAGAGACACCUGUGCACCUUCUGCGGCAAGGGCUUCAACGACACCUUUGACCUCAAGAGACACGUACGCACGCAUACAGGCGUCCGUCCCUACAAGUGCACGCUCUGCGAAAAGGCCUUCACCCAGCGCUGCUCCCUGGAGUCCCACAUGAAGAAGAUCCACAGCGUCACCCAGAAGUACGCCUACAAGGAGCGACGCAACAAGCUGUACGUCUGCGAGGAGUGCGGCCUCACCUCUGGGUCUCAGGAUGAGCUGCUGAUCCACCUCCACUCGCUUCACCCCGACAGCAACCUGUUGAAGGGGAAGGCUGCGAGGAGAGCUGGAGGAGGGAUGGAGGGAGAAGGAUCAUCGCCAGGCUCUCCUCAAGGAGCUGAUAGUGAUGAUACCACGGGAUCAUCGGGGCAGUAGAGGGGAGGGUAGCCUUUAAGGGUCACCAAAACGACAAACUCAGGACAUAAGGACAUAUUAGUGAAGUGAUGCAAAAUACAGGUCAGAUUACAUAGCAGUGGGGAAAAUAAAUGUAUGUAUAUGUAUGAAUGUACGCGUGUAUGGAUUCGGGUAUCUCUAUAUAUAACAGACUACAACUUUAUAUGAAAUGAUGCACCAAAAAGAGGCCAAGUCUGACUUGGACGAACAUAGGCCUCUUUUUUUUUUACAUGGGAUUGUGAUUUUUUUACAUUAACAUGUCAGACAAUACCAAAAAUGUUUUCUUCAUCUGUAUUGCAUGUGAAUAAUUCCUGCGGGCUUCUUUGUACAGCAAAAAAACCAGAAGAGUUUUUCUAUGAAAAAAAAGUACUUUGUUCAUUAA